GUUUUGCAAACUCCAGCAUCGCUGGCUCUCUCGUUGCAGGUCCAUCUGGCGCCGAAUUAUCGCCGCCGCCCAGCGUCUAGGCUGCAGCCGGACAUGCCGUUCGAUUUAUACGAAGUACCGACACGCUCGCCUUCAGGUUUUGCCGUCGAGGCGCCGCCGGACUACCGCUGCCAAUGGCGUCCACCAACCCGGAUGAUGACGCGCAAUUCCAGGGCAGUCGGCCCCCGUCGCCAACCUCGCCUCGAGCGACGACGCUGAAUACUCCGGCGACUCAGCCUCGCGACGAUGAAACGAGCCUCCCGUCCGCGGACGAGUCGCGCCCGACCCAAGCACGCGACCUAGCCACCAAGGCCCUUGGCUUCAUCUCGACCGCGACACCCUCGACCCUCGCCGGCAUCGCCGUGGCCUUUUCGGGCAUCACCUACGCCAUCCUCGGUAGAGUGGGCCUCCUGAUUAUCGGAGCCGUCGGCGGCGUUGUCGCGUUCGUCUCGCUCGAAGCCAGGAACCCGGAUAUUGCGCGCGCCGUUCGCGGUGAGAAGGGCCCUGAGGUACUAGACAGAAUUUGGCUCGACCUCCAGCGGGCCAGGCCUCAGCAAGAAAAGGAUGCCGGGGAUGAGGGCAACGACGAUGAUGUGCUCAAGGCGUUUGAAGACUUCCGACCUGAGACACGGGAGACCCUAGGAGGGCUGGUCGACGCCGUGAUCCGGGACUAUGUCAAGUGGUGGUACAGCCCUAUCGUCCCAUCGGACCAUGCCUUCCCCCUUGCGUGUCGAAAGACUCUCAACUCAUACCUCCUGGCUAUAUCGAAUCGAAUGUCGAGAAAACGGCCCGCCGACGCCUUCCUGGACCUUCUCACCAACUGCUCGUCCAUCAUCAUCGUCCUCAUGUCCGAGCUCGCGGCGGCUUUUGCAGACUUGCCGCCAGAGACCAAUAUGACAGCGGCAGACGCUGUGUAUAAUUACUUGGCAUCCAACCCAGAUUCUCGUCUGGCCAACUUGCUGAAUCAGCGGCAGCAGGCCGCAAAGUUCAAGAUGGUCGCCGAGGACUUGCUUGGGUUUUUGGAUGAGGGCUCGCAAAAGUGUGAUCCUGCUCGCGUCUUUCUCCGGGAGAUUUUGGCCAACUCGGUCCUCGAGACCACCCUCCAAACGUGCAGCAAAGCGGAGUGGAUUAACGGAUGGAUCGUAUAUCUGCUCGAAGCCGGAGAGCCGGAUCUGAACCAAGCCAUUGAUGUUGGCAUGCAGACCGGCCGCGAUGCUGUUAACAACGUUUUUGUGGAUAUGGAUGGAAACGUCGGCAACGUAGGGAUCGCGAAGCCCGGGCGUCCAAGCGCCGAAACGGAUCGCAAUCGCCGGAAAGAAUCUCUUGGCCACAGGAAAAAACUCAGCAAGGCCGACGAGAAGCUCGAGGUGGCAAUGGAUGAAAUGAAACGAAUGAAUAACAUGAUUGCACACGACAACUCGGCGAGAAAAGGGUCCGUCUCACAAGAGUCCCCAACACGGCAGCAUCGCAGCAAGGAGCCGGCCGGUGGCGUGCCGGAACCGCAUACGAAGGAGGCGACUGUGACUGAGGUGUCACCGACCUCUGGCCAGUUUGGCAAGGCUCCUCGGCGUACAUCGUCGGACGGGUCAUCGUCCAAGGACGAAGUGGAAAACACGCCCGUCACGCCUCGAUCGACGAUGGGUUCUUCGAGUCAUAACUCGUCGCCCCAGCGAUCAAGUGGUCAGCAGUUUACCAGCUUCGAUCAAAUCGUUCCUGAGGCGCAGGGCGACAGCGCCGAAGACGACCCGCCGAAGAAGGCGCCGUUGACGCUGCACAAUGCUACAUUUACUCUUCACGACGACGCCACGGGAGACGCGAGCAAGAUUCGGAACAAACCGAACUGGGACUAUCUCAUCCAAGUAGAACCGUCGUCUACGGCGUACCCUGGGUGGAUGAUUGUACGGAGAUACUCUGACUUUGUAACCCUGCACGAGAUUCUACGGCGGAUCGCUCAAAUCUCUGGCGCCACGGCUUUCACCGAGCUGCACAAAGAGCUACCGAGCUGGAAGAUACACACACGCGAAUCUCUCCGCGGGGAGCUGGAGAGAUACUUGCGAGACGCAUGUUGGUAUGCGUCGCUCGCGGAAAGCGAAGGGAUGAAGCGGUUCUUGGAAAAGUCCCAAGGCCACACGCAUGGCAACUCGAAGUCGUUUGGCUGGGAGACGGUAGGCAAGAACAUGCUCGACGUGCUCACCACGGCGCCCAAGGGGGCCGUGGAGGGCGGCAAGACGUUUGUCGGCAACGUGAGCGGUGUCUUUGGCAACCUGCCAGGGCUGAAUAGGAGGUCGACGAACCAGUCGGUGGACCUGGGCCUAACGCCAAGCUCCAGCCGCCUCUCCAUCUCAGGCCCAUCACCAGUGGCCAGCGGAAGAUCGCCAGCGCGGUCGGAGCGCGCCAGCUUGGACAGUCAACGGUCUUCGGUCAUCUCGACGCAGCCCGGCAAGGUGCCGCCGAUGGAAAGGCACAUGAGCUUCCAAUCCCUGGCAGACGCGGACGGGGAGAGGGUCGGGCGACCGGAGCGGAUGGAGUCGGGGUCAGCGUCUGCCAGUGCUCGACCUAGCAGGGAGCACAGCCGGGCGUCGAGCCUUGCCGCGCUUCGCUCGCCCUCGACUGUCAGCCUCGACUUUAUCAAGCUGCCGCCACCGCCGGACGAGAUGACCUCGGAUUACGAGGCAUCUGUCAAUGGCGAGGAGUCACCGGGCAAGGCAGGAGACGGCGCGGCGACGACGCACCAGGCCCCCCGCCACAGUAUGCAAGGCGCAGGGAAUGCGGCGCCAGCGACGUCAACACCAUCAACGGCCGGGCCCAAAAAGAGCGUCGCGACCAAAGCGGCCAGGCAGUACUCGCAAAUGUCGGAGGGCGAGACGCGGGUGGCAGUGGAGCUGCUAUUCGCCGUCAUCAACGAGAUGUACACGCUCUCUUCGGCGUGGAACAUUCGGCGGACGCUGCUGACGGCAGCCAAGUCGUUCCUGCUGCGGCCUGGCAACCCGUCCCUGCUGACGGUGCAGUCGCUGAUCCAGACGUCGGUAUUGGACGCCAACACGUCGGACGCGGGGAUCGCGGCAUCGCUGCGCAAGCUGCGGGAGAACACGAUGCCCACGGAUCAGGAGCGUGCCGGGUGGCCGGCGGAGCUAACGGCCGACGAAAGGGAGAAGCUGGCGGUCCGGGCGCGCAAGCUGCUUAUCCAGAGCGGAGUGCCGGCGGCGCUGAUGGGGGUGAUGGGCCAGGCGGCGACGGGCGAGGCCCUGGGCCGGGUGUUUGACUGCCUGCAGAUCGAGGAGGUGGCGAGGGGUCUGAUCUUUGGGCUAAUGCUGCAGGCGGCGCGGAUUGUGACGCAUUGAUGAAGAUGUACGGUCAUCGGUCAGUCAGGCGCGAGCCGUCCUUGGAGGAGGAGGGCGGGUCGGACGCGGCAUUGUCGGGAGUGUCGGAGCGAGUGACGUGUACGGAUGUGGGUGAAAAGAAGAAGAUUGCGGCGGGCCCCAAGGGGGGCUAUCGGCGGGCUCGUCGAGUGUAUGACUACCACGAAGCUGGAGUAGGGGACAGGGGUCAUGACGGUAUCACGAAACGUCUGUUCGCGACCGGGAAACAGAGCUCCCGGGAAGGCCCGCUCUUCCGGCGGGCACGCACAGAUACCCGGCUUGGAUGGAGACAUGGCAAAGCGUUACGAACUCAUACAGUUAUACUCUUAGCUAUUGUAAUAUAAGCAGGCAGAGCGCUGGUUGCUCGUUGAAGCCAUCGAACAGGGGGCUCUGCUGUCGUCAUGGUCGCGGCCCGGUGGAAACGGUCCCCUUUACAUCAAACCUCCUCUUCUCUACCCAUGCAAGGCAUCGCUCCCCAGGGGGCGCGGGCGUGAGACAGCACCCGCCUCGUGCCGUCGGCCGUGGCUUCACCGAAGGAAGGGCUGUUGUUGCCUUUCCGUCCCUUGGCCAGGAUCCGCCGCGGGGGAGGGGGUGAAGGGUAGCGGGAUGCUUGCGUACCCCAGAAGAAGAAGGCCAGAUGGAAGACUGGGAUAAGACGACUGACUGACACCAACACACGGGGGACCAGGGAUGGAUGGAUGGAUGGAUGGAUGGGAGAAGAAGGGGAGGCAGGGAGGUGUCCGGAUCGGAGAACCUCCGUACGUAUGUAUGUAGGUAUGUAUCUGCAUCUCGGGACGAGGGAGGAGGAGGAGGCCACAUGGCAGGUGUCACGCGGGGAGCACGUAGUGGUGGUGGUGGUGGUGGUGCUGCUGCUGCUGGCUGCGGGCGGC